CUGCUUUUAAUCUUUUAACUGUGUAUGUGUGCCAGGGGAAAUAUUUCAAUGUUCUUUGCAAACAUCUGGCCUUCCAAUGAGAAGGCAGUUGUAGGCUCAGAGCAGCUUUGGUUUGGGCAAGGCUCUUUAGUGUCUCUAUUCGUUGCCUGUUUUGCUCAGAGGAGGAGGAAGUUGUGGUGGCUCGUUUCAAGAUUUAUUAGGGUUAGGGGUGGCUCGCCAGCUUCAGAGAUUUGGGUGUGUGUUCAUUCCCUAGAGAUAAACACUCGGGCUCCACUUCCUCUCACGACCCUCCUUCCAGCUCUGAAACCCAGCCACCUGGGCUCCACUCUGCCACGUCAGAGUCGUGAUGCAGAGACCCAGACCCUGAAACAACAACAACAACACACAGGCACAGGCAGGGAUGUUGUGAUAUGGCAGCCCCCACCUCCACCAAAACUGAGCAAAAGUCACGAACCCUAGCUGGUGUCAUCUAGCUUAACCAAUGGGAGGGCAGAGGAAGGGGGCUAUGAAUAGAAGGAGACAGGGUCAGCAGCAGCCUCUGGAUCUCUUGGCAUUGGGAGAAGUUCCAUCAACACUUCCAUCAGGAAAAAAGCAAGAUCUUAUCAGCCAAAGAAGGGUAGACCCAUCUCCCUUUCUCCAAAAGAAAAGAGUAGAAAGUGGAAAGCAUCCUUAGAUCUUUGCAGCAUUCUCUCAGAUACUUCAGCAUUGCAAAAAAAGGCAUGGAGACUUGGUGGCAGAGUUGGAUGGAGCCUCCCCUGCAAACGGUCCCAACUGGAGCAGAGACUGGAGUAACAGAUUUUGCAGAAGAUUAUAGGAAGAUGUUUCAGGAGGAGGAUGUUGGCACAGUGGAUUCCUGGUUUCUGCCAGAAAGUGAGAUGGAUCAGCAACUGUCAGGAUGGGCUGCUGGAAGUUAUCUAGCUGAGCUUGAAGGCUUUGAAAAGGAAAUGCCAUUCCAUCACACACCUGGCAUGAAAGCUUUCCCAGAUUUCACCAACACCUUCCUGGAACUGACUCAGACCUCUUCCUGUCUGGAUUACAGGGAACCAUACAAUGGAGCUUCCAGGCCAGUCUUCCAACAUGAGUAUGUCCCACCACAUACGGAGGCCACUUGCUGUCCUGUCCCUGCUGCUCCACAGCCCUUGACUUCACCACGGUGCCCUUCUUCCCCUGAAGAGCAACUCUCCUCACAGCAGACUUUGCUUCCAGUUCCAUGGACAGAGCAAGAAAAAGAGCAAGCCUUCUCAAGGGUGAUGCCAUCCCAUUACUGGGAUAAGACGCCUGAGCCAGCCAUCUUCAGCCAAUCCAGCACUGCAGAUUGCGAUUCAUGUCACUGUGAGCCACCCAAGAAGAUCCGGAGAAAAAGAGAGCUAAAGAAUUGGAGAGAAGGUGGCACUACCAUUGUGUCCCAUACAGGUUCUGGACCCAUUCAGCUCUGGCAGUUUCUGUUGGAACUGCUGCAGGAUGGCUCAUGCCAGGCCUUUAUCUGCUGGACAGGGAAUGGCUGGGAAUUUAAGCUGUGUGAUCCUCAUGAGGUGGCAAGGCGCUGGGGUAAACGGAAGAACAAGCCCCGCAUGACCUAUGAGAAACUGAGCCGGGGCUUGCGCUAUUAUUAUCAUAAAAACAUUAUUCACAAGACCAGCGGUCAGCGCUAUGUGUAUCGUUUUGUCCGUGACAUUCAGGAUGAAUUGUCUGAAAUAAUUCGGAGCUAGAGAGCACAAGUAGCUUGUAAGAAGGACAUUGAUACUUAUACAUACCUCCAAAACAUUUGGAAUGCCAGGAGAGAUAGUAGAUAAAACUCUUUUGUGGACUGCUCUUCAUUUAUGCUUGCCUUCAAAGUGAAGCCGGUAACAGGCUUGGCAUAAACAUUGCUGCUUAUUAACGGGAUUAAGAGACAAGCCGAUGUGCCAGUUGAAGAUUUCUACCAGUUUCACGGAUCUGUAAGGUGGCAGAUGGGUCUCUCAUGCAUGGGAACAUGCAGUUUUAUUAUCUGAAAGUGACUUGCCAAAAUGGAAUGGCUGAACACUUUUGGUUAACUACUAUUUUUUAAGUUUAUGGACAGAUUUUUUAAAGACAUACACACACGCACAAACAUCCAAUUGCUUUACUUAAUAAGCAUUUCAAGACACAAAAAACAUUCUUCCUCUUUUAUGUUUCCCUCCCCUUCAUCCUUUUGUCUCUUGUGUUGGUUUCUAAUUGUGUGAGUGUAGUAUCAUGAUUGAAUCAUAGUUGGGAAGUCCAUGGAACUCC